AUGAGCCUUGGCUAUAGCAGCACUGCCAUGGCCGAGUUCGAGGUUGGCCACCUCAAACUAGACGGUGUCGAGAGGAUCCAGUCUCUAGUCAAAACUGGACAAGUUCGACUCGUUGAGCUGGUCACGGACAACAGAAUCCUCUCCGAUUUGCUCUGGGUUGAGGUGACGCCUCCUUUGACAAUGGGAGGCUUCCCCAAGGUGGACUUCAAGGAGUAG